UCCGUCUCCCCAGGCUGCCUGGGAGCUGGGAGCGGGAUUAUGGUGGCCUGAGCAGCAAACGCAGCCGUAGGAGCCCGGAGCCCCUGGCCCUUCCCCUGCUGCCGCCCCGCCGGGAGGACCAGGAAAGCAGCCUCCGACCUGCCAUGCCCGCCCUGCCCAGCCCCCCGGGGGGCCCGAGCCGGCCUCUCCCGGACCUCUGUUGAGGUUGGACCGCUGGCCAGAUGUAGCCAGGCUCCGGAUCCUUCUCCUCCCCUCCUGUCUCUCUGUGGAUCUCUCCUGCCCGCUCCCCACAGCCUGGACCCAGGGCUGGCCGAGGGGCCUGCAGGCGCUGGAGCCCUGAUGCCUCACCGCUCACUCUCCUGAGAAGCCACCUCCAGCACCCAGAGUUGGGGUCAGGCCACAGGGACGGUCGCGGGCUGGAGUGAGCCCAGAGCGCCCCAAGGCCAGGGCCCACCAUGGCCCAAGCGCUGCCCUGGCUCCUGCUGUGGAUGGGCUCCGGGGUGCUGCCUGCCCACGGCUCCCAGCCUGGCAUCCGGCUGCCCCUGCGAAGCGGGCUGGGGGGCGCCCCCCUGGGGCUGCGGCUGCCCCGGGAGACCGACGAGGAGCCCGAGGAGCCCAGCCGGAGGGGCAGCUUUGUGGAGAUGGUGGACAACCUGAGGGGCAAGUCCGGUCAGGGCUACUACGUGGAGAUGACCGUGGGCAGCCCCCCACAGACGCUCAACAUCCUGGUGGACACAGGCAGCAGUAACUUCGCAGUGGGGGCCGCCCCCCACCCUUUCCUGCACCGCUACUACCAGAGGCAGCUGUCCAGUACAUACCGGGACCUCCGGAAGGGCGUGUAUGUGCCCUACACCCAGGGCAAGUGGGAGGGGGAGCUGGGCACCGACCUGGUGAGCAUCCCCCACGGCCCCAACGUCACCGUGCGUGCCAACAUCGCUGCCAUCACUGAAUCAGACAAGUUCUUCAUCAAUGGCUCCAACUGGGAGGGCAUCCUGGGGCUGGCCUACGCUGAGAUCGCCAGGCCUGACGACUCUCUGGAGCCAUUCUUCGACUCGUUGGUAAAGCAGACCCACGUGCCCAAUCUCUUCUCCCUGCAGCUCUGUGGUGCUGGCUUCCCCCUCAACCAGUCGGAAGUGCUGGCCUCAGUUGGAGGGAGCAUGAUCAUCGGGGGUAUCGACCACUCGCUGUACAUGGGCAGCCUCUGGUACACACCCAUCCGGCGGGAAUGGUAUUAUGAGGUGAUCAUUGUGCGGGUGGAGAUCAAUGGACAGGAUCUGAAAAUGGACUGCAAGGAGUACAACUAUGACAAGAGCAUCGUUGACAGCGGCACCACCAACCUUCGUUUGCCCAAGAAAGUGUUUGAAGCUGCUGUCAAAUCCAUCAAGGCAGCCUCCUCGACGGAGAAGUUCCCAGACGGUUUCUGGCUCGGGGAGCAGCUGGUGUGCUGGCAAGCAGGCACCACCCCGUGGAACAUUUUCCCGGUCAUCUCACUCUACCUAAUGGGUGAGGUCACCAAUCAGUCCUUCCGAAUCACCAUCCUUCCACAGCAAUACCUGCGGCCAGUGGAAGAUGUGGCCACGUCCCAAGACGACUGUUACAAGUUCGCCAUCUCACAGUCAUCUACGGGCACUGUCAUGGGAGCUGUUAUCAUGGAGGGCUUCUACGUUGUCUUUGAUCGGGCCCGGAAACGACUUGGCUUUGCUGUCAGCGCUUGCCAUGUGCACGAUGAGUUCAGGACAGCAGCGGUAGAAGGUCCUUUUGUCACCCUGGACAUGGAAGACUGUGGCUACAACAUCCCACAGACAGAUGAAUCGACCCUCAUGACCAUAGCCUAUGUCAUGGCUGCCAUCUGCGCCCUCUUCAUGCUGCCCCUCUGCCUCAUGGUGUGUCAGUGGCGCUGCCUCCGCUGCCUGCGCCAUCAGCAUGAUGACUUUGCUGAUGACAUCUCCCUGCUGAAGUGAGGAGGCCCACGGGCAGAAGAGAUCCCCCUGGACCACAUCUGGUGGUUCGCUCUGGUCACAAGGAGGAGACACAGAUGGCACCUGUGGCCAGAGCACCUCAAGACCCUCACCCACCCACAAAUGCCUCUGCCUUGACAGAAAAGGAAAAGCUGGCAAGGUGGGUUGCAGGGACUGCACCUGUAGGAACCAGGAGAGGGAAGAAAGAAGUGCUCUGAUGGCAGGAAUACUCUUGGUCACCUCAAACUUGAGUUGGGAAAUUCUGCUGCUUGAAACUUCAGCCCUGAACCUUUGUCCACCAUCCCUUUAGAUUCUCCAACCCAAAGUAUUCUUCUUUUCUUAGUUCCAGAAGUAAGGUGACCGCAGUGUGUGCCUCUGCAGUACCCUAGCAGAGAAAGGGCCAAUCUUGUUUCCCUGCUGGCCACAGUCAGCGGGAACGGACGCACCGUUUGCUGUUUGCUUUAGAGAUAGGGACUGUACAGACAAGCCUAUAACAUUGGUGCAAAGACUGUCUCUUGAAUUAAAAAAUAAUUUAAAAAUAAUUUGUACAAAUAAUUUGUACAAAUGGGGGUGGCUGGACGAGGAGAAGGAGAGGGAGUGCAAAGACAGGGAAGCUGGGAUCAAAGCGAGGCAAGCCAGAACAUGACCGCUCGCCAGUCCCAGUUUUAGACGGCAUCUCCAAGAUAGAAUCCCAUCUUCUAAGAUGGGUGUUGCUUCCCAAUGUCUUCUUUUCUGUGGUUGCAGCCUGACCAAAAGUGCGAUGGGAAGAAGGGCUUCUCUAGCCAAAAAGCUCUUUUUAACUCUCUUAAAGGAAAAGUGCCCACUAAAAGGUUCCAUCUAACAAAUGAAUUUCUACCUUAUUAAUUCCCUGUCCCUACCUGAACCCUCUACUCUACACGUGACUGGUAGCACUGAAACACCCCCAACCCUGGAAGCCCCAGGUGCCCUAUGGGAAAGCAGCCGGAAUAGAGCAAAUAUAACAGGGCUGCACUUUGUCUUCCUGGCUACCUGUUCACCCCCUCCCCCAGUCCUAUUCCUCCAGAGCUUUGUAGCUGAGGUGCUAAGAAUAGAUAGGAGACCUCUCCUAUCUAAUCCUUGAAAGCAGACUCCUGAAGAUGCAUUCAACAGGUAUAGAGUUGAUGCCCUAUACCCCCUGCCUGGAUUUCUUCCUGUUCAGCUGUAAGUGGUAGUAAGAUCUUGACAUGAUACAGAGCAGUUUCAUUGCCUUCUCCCUGUCUCUAAGGUCUCCCUCAUUUAUUUGGCUAAGGCAUCCCACAGUGGCACUAAUAUUAUACUAAGAAUGUCAGGAACACAGGGCUUUCUGGCUCCACCAGCAUCGCAUUCAGUAUCAAGGCUGCGUGGAAAAAGGAUGACAGCCUCCGCGCUUCCUAAUUCCCUUCACCACAAGAGCCCCUUGAUGGAGGCCAUCCUUUGCCCCUAUCCUGCUCUUUAUUCCCCGCUCCUAAUAGUACUUGGGUACCCAGGCUGGUUCUUGGGCUAGACAGUGGGGAACAAGUUCAUUUCCUCCCUAUCAGUUCUAAGCCAGUUGACUAUGAUACCAGUGUUAAUGGGAAGAGCUGAAUUUUCUUACUAUUCCACUGGAUCCUAUUCCUCUCUGGUCAACACACUGCUUCCAGGUAUGGGACGCGCACCUGAUGAGGGAGAGGGAAAUACAAAGAGGGCCUCUGGAGAUCCUGGCCUCAGCCAGCUGCCCACAAGCCAUAAACCAAUAAAAUAAGAAUACUGAGUCGCA